CACUCUCUCUCACCUCAGACGGUCUCGGCAUGCGGCUCCUCCUCCUCGCCGCUUUCUUGGCGCCCGUCCGCGCUAUUGCGGGCGAAUGCUUGCGCGAAGCCGACCACACCACUAUCAAUGCGCUCUUCAGUGAAGGUGGCCCCGGCACCAAAGUCUACCUCUGCCCUAAAACCGAGGUGCAGUUGUCCGGCACUAUCGUCUUCACCGCCGCGGACCAGGAGCUGGCGACGCUGGGAUAUCCCGGAGGCGAGCGGCGCGCAAAGCUGCGCAUCGUCUCCGACCAUGUCGCGACAGCCAUCCAGGGCGACUGCCGUCGGUGCGCGCGCGUGGCCGUGCGCAAUCUCGUUAUCGACGGGGGGCGGCGCGCGCUCGGGCGCGUGCGCGACGCAAACUCUUCCCCCGGCCUGGUCAUUCUGGGCGGCAACGAAGGACAGGCCGUGCGCGAGUGCGCAAUUUCGGAUCCUCGCGGGUUCACCGCGGUGCACGUGCGUGAAGGCGCAAAGCUCAACUGCCGCGGCGCUGUCAUCGAGCGCAACGAGAUCACAUCCGUCGGUGAAGAGUACGACCCUGCGUAUGACGGCGCCGAUCCCGAAGCCUCGCCCUGGGGCCGGCCACUGGCCGACGGCAUUAGCAUCGCCUGUCGCAACUCGUAUGUUCGCGACAACACGCUCAUCGACUGCACAGAUGCGGGCAUCGUCGUUUACUGUUCUCCGGGUACCAAGAUUGAGAACAAUCACGUGUCGACGGAGCGCCGGAGCGCAAUCGGUGGCAUUCUGCUCGUGGACUCGCAGCCCUUUGGUGGUGACUACUCCGGCGUCAUGGUCAAGAACAACGUGCUUGACGCCGCUGCGCGCGCCAUGCGCGUUGGUAUUGGCGUCGGCCUGAGCGUGCUCUCGGAUGACAUCGAAACGAUCCUCAAGGGCGGAAGUGUGAUCAGCAACCGCCUCACCGGUGAUUACAUGGGCUAUGGUAUCGCAGCGGCGGGUCUGAAAGGCUGGACGAUCAAGGACAACUAUGACGAUGCCCGCUACGAAGGCGAGCCAUCCGGCAGGUGCUUUGACGAUCCCGUCAACCCACCUCCACAGGCGUUCAUCUACAACGCGGUCACGCUCGAGACGUCCCACGUGCAGGACGGUUUCUUCGACUCUGACUUUGCCUACAUUGUCUGUAUCGACGGUGUUGGGGAGGUGCCGGUCCGCUAUAGGAAGGAUAUGGACCCAGAACCCGAUGCGGCUUCACACGGGUCGCCCGACCACGACACCGCAUCCUCCGAACAGCCACUCCCGCCAAUAUCGACAGAGGAGCGUGAUGCCGAGGCCGAAUUGCCACCGCCAGAAAUACUGCCCGGGGGCCUUCUGUCGACCGGCAACAGCGUGCUUGACGGCAUUCUCUUGCACUCGCAGCAGCGCCUCUUCGACAGAAUCGACGAGAUCACCAGCGGGGUGCACUUAUCACUUUCCCGCCCUUCGCCUGCACGUGCGCAGGUCGAAGACUCGGACACGCUGCCGUCUCUCCACGCGCGCUUGGCUGAGCUCGAGCACUCUCAAGCGCGCCUUCUCUCAGCCACCCGCGACGUGCAGACCGCGCUCGCGCGCCUCCGCACCAAGGUGAGCGAGGUGGACGUGUGGGAGGGCGAGGUGCUGCAGUCUAUCCAGGAGGAGGUGACGGCGCCUCACGACAAGCGGGAGUAUGGGGACGACACUUUCGAGGACGACGGGUUUGCGAGCGUAUUCGACUGGCCCGUCCGCGUCAUCCUACUUGGCGGUCUUUGUUCCGCCGUCGCGCUGGCUGUGCGCAGAUUCCGACGGCCGACACACGACAAGAUCGUGUGAUCGUGGGAUCCCGGUGCUGGAUCGAUCGCGGGUGUGGGAGGACACGGGACAUGUACAACAGCAUAGAUAUAGACAAUGGCACGACAGGACAUGACACAGCGGAGAGCUCGCGAGCUGGUCGGGCUGCCGCGCGAUCAGAGGCACGUGCAUGUGCACGACAAAGGUGGUGAUUGUUGCCAUGU